UGCGCGCAUGUGCAGUCAGAGUUUUUUCCAUCGAUCGUUCGUCGUCGGUUCUUUGCGGUUCCGAAAUCCAGCCGGAGAUAUAAAUAUAUAUUCGGUGAUAUAUGCGUGUGUACAGCAUCCCUGCCUUUUUGGUGAUAAAAGUGAAAUUCAGUGCCCAAGAAGUUGCCAAAAAAAUAAAAAUAAAAUCACAAUCAAAUUUUUUGUUUCGCUUUUUGUUCGAGUGCCGAGUGAUUCAGUUCAAUACAAAAUCCCAGAAAUUCGUAGGAAUUUCACAGGUAGCCAGCGGAUUUACCUAAACGCGCCGAGGAUCAAGAACAUCAAUCAGGAGUAGGGUGAUUUGUAUUACCUAGAACUCAUUUGUCAGAAAUGGCUCUCCAUCGAGGAUCUCUGGGUCCUCUCACCUUGAUGCUUCUCACCUCCUGGCUGGCGGUAUCCACAUCGCAGUCGGUUUCCUCCCUGGGCAGAUCGGCAUUGCCCGCCCAGCCGGCGGAUCACCUGGUUCCCCCGCCACUGCCCAUUCCCCAGCGGCUCUCCCAUGCCGGAGCAGGAUCUCCAGCGGUUCCUGCAGUCUCCUCCACUCCAAUUUCCAUUCCCGAAGCCUCCGGAUUCAUGACCCGCGUGGCCAGAUGGUUUGGCCUGGGUGGAGGCAAUCAAUCGCCGAAGGAUCAGCAGCUGAGUGCCACCAAUUCGCUGAGUUAUGCUUAUCCAAAGCCCGUUGCCUCGGGUUUCGAUGCCGGUGGCAAGCCGUGCAGUUUGUGCAACAAGUAUCCCUGGGUGCCGAUGGUGGGUCAGCAGGUGAACAACCAGCUGUUGCAAGUGCAGCAGCAGCAACUCAAGCAUCUCCCGCAGCAACAGCAACAGCAGCAGCACCUGCAACAUGCAACAUGGCAGGUGCAACAGCAGCCAGUGGCUCAGGCAUCCCAGCAACGCCAGCGGGCGGUGCAGUUCCGACCCAGUCCAUCCGGAUCGAAUGUCUUCCUGCCGCUGGCGGUGCCACUGCCACCACUGUACAAUGCCCAGCCAUUCCGUCCGGUGGUGCAGCAGCAGCAGGUGGUGCAACCAGUGAAGCUUCAGGAGAACGUGGUGGCCCAAUCGGAGGUGCGACCCGUGGUGCCCGUUGUGGUUGCAACUCCUCCACCGCCGGCCAGCACCUCCAGCUUCGAGAUUGUCCAGAGCCACCAGGUGACGGACUUUGUGACCUCCGUCGAAUACCCGGCCACCUUUGUCCAGUCGCAUGCCAUCGAUCUGGGAUCAGGUGCUCAGCAGGAGGAGGAGGUGCCCUCCUCCGAGCCUCCAGUGCAGAUCAGUACGGUUCGCUAUCAGCUGGAGGAUUUGAGCAGUGGUCAGGUGCAUCAGCAUUUGCCCGCCUCCCAGCUGCUCACCGAGUUGGGUCACUUUGCGGAGACGACGACGCAGUCACCACCACCACCACCGGCGGAUAAUUAUCCAGCUGCCUCGUCGCAACAGCAAUUGCAGCAGGAGCAGGAACAGGAUUCCUUCUACUAUGCCGAGCAAUUUCAGGAGGAGACCAGCACUUUGGUCUACAGCACCACCACGGAGAUGCCCACCACCACCACCACUGGGGUUCCGGCCACAUCCUCACCUGCCAUCGAGCUAAAUAAUCACCUAAUCCAAUCGCAUGCCCAGAAUUACCGUCAGGGGAUUGGACGAGGCAGGGAAACCCCCAAGCGUCUGCUGGACUCACCCAUCAAUCACUUGGGAGGAGGAGGAGCAGCAGGGAGACCCUUCACCCGGGAUCCCGCUGAUCUCAGCUUCCGGCUGAGUCAGGUGUACACGCCCACUGUGGGCCCACCCACGCCCACUUCCACCUACGGAGCCAUCGAUGCCAGCGGUCAGUUCGCCGGAAUGGCACCACCACCGCAACCACAACAGGUGAUCAUUCCCUACACGACCAAGCAGCGGCCACGCCCCUUCGAGAGCUGGACGCCCUCGAAGCAGCAGCACCAGAAUCAUCAUCAUCACAACGAUCUCGAGGAGGAGCCACACGAGCAGCAGGAAUCCAAGCUGGCCACGGCCACGGUGACGGCACCACCAUCGCGACGCACCACCAAAUAUCUGACCAAGAUUCUGGCCUCCAAUCUGAGGGAGCUGCUCAAGCGGGAGAGGGAGACCAAGACCAAGACAAGGCCACCACCACCUGGCCAUCAAGGAUUCGGAGUGGACAUCUCGCGGCUGCAGCACAACAUCGAUGGCUGGACGGAGCAGGAGUACAACUCGCUGUCGCAUCGACCCAGCACGCCCACAAUUCGCGGAAGGAGCAAGCACAUACCCUCCGAGUACCUGACCACCACCACCACCACACCAGCACCAGAGAUUCCGAAGCAAUCGAAGCAAUCGAGGCAAUCGAAGACCACGCGGGGCGAGGGCUUCGAACUGGGUGGUGCUCCGCUGCCCACAGAUGCCGGUGAUUUGUCCACCUCCAUCAACAAUCUGGAGCAACUGCAUCUGCUGGGCGGCUUCCAGCCCAUCGAGGACAACCGGCUGCAUUUCGAUUACCACGAUCUUCAGCAGCAGCGACUGAGAUCCACCGCGGCCAUGACCACCCAGAGUCCAGUCACCACCGCAACAUCACCCACCACCACCACCAGCACUACGACAACCACUGUGGUGGCUCCACUUUACGUGCGCAGCACUCCGGCGCCCAAGGAGCUGUGGAAACAGGCCCAGGUGGCCAUCCUGCCGCAGACCAACGAGAAGGUCUACGUGGUCACGCCGCAGCCGCAGCGGCAGCAGGAGCACGGGGAUCGGGAAAGGGAAAGGGAUCGGGAUCGUCAUGUGGCCUCCGGUUCGGCGCCAAGACCAGUUUACCAGACGCCAGCACCGCGCUUUCCACGCAUGCGACCUACUCCAGCUGGCGAAGUGAAGUCGGCCACGCCCACCAGUUCCUCGCAGCUGCGCAACUAUACGCCGGAUAUUUUCGGGCUGAUGGGAUUGUCCUCUUAUGUGCCCGCUGAGCCCGUGGAGAUCAUCGACGGAAAUUCCAAAGUCAUCACGAUUGUGACAGCAGCACCGACGGCGGCUGCACUUCAGCGACCGACAGCGAGGUCCACGAUUUCUCCGUCGCCCAGAUAGAGGUCGAGCCAAGGUCACGAUCUCCCCCCACCCCCCUUUAACCCCCUCCUGUUGUAAUAUAUUUCCCCCAAAGGCUCCCGAUGAUCGUAAAAAGGACCGAGGAUUCCACAUAGUUAUAGAGCAAAGUCUUUGGAAGUGCUACGUUAGGAGAGAGAUCCCGAAUCAAAGUUAGAGUAUUUUCGCAUUUGGUAGCUUUAUAAACACAUAGACGAUGAAGAGGACCACGAGUAUCCAAAGAAGUGGAGUUACCCCUAGAAUAAACUAUGUAUUCGCAAAAGGAUUUGUAUUCUUUUUUUUUGUUUUUUUUUUUGUUCCGGCUCUCCCUUCGCUAGUUUUAGUUCUAUGUAUAAAUAUAUCUAUUAUAUCUAUUUCAAUCUAUCCGAAGAGUCGGUUGUCGAGCGGUUGACAACGUUAUAAUCGAUGGGGAACCAAAAUGUAGCAAAAAUUAACAAACGAACGAUCAAAUAAAAUAAAAUA